AUGCCCCCACGUCCCAUCCCCGCUCUAAUAUCACAAGUCCCACACUCGUUAUCCAUCGCUCAGCCCAGCCCAGCCCAUCCCAUCCCAUCCCAUCCCAUCCAAACCCAACCCAAAACCGGAAAUCCGCAAAUCCACGCCCAAAAAACCCUCCCCUUCCCUUCCACUCCCUUCUCCCACCCUUCCAAUCUAAUCUCCCCCUCCGAUCCCCUAUCCCCAAAGAAGAGAAGAAAAGAAGAAAAGAAGAAAAGAAACGAAAGACGAAGCAAAAAACCACCCACUGUGGAUCCCCCCAACGGCUGGGUACCCAAAUCCCGCACUUUCUGGUACCGAGAAACAUGGGUUCACCCGACCCAGCAAUCCCACCCAUUUCCCUUCCGCGUCUUCGAGAACCCGCAUCCCGGUGGAGAGGAUGGAUCCUCGGGGGAUUAA